AUGAGAAGAAAUUCAAAAAAACAGCAACGAUUAUUGAAAAAAGCCAAAAAAUUCGUAAUCUUCAAAUGGAAUUCAAUACCAGAAGAAAUGCAACAAAUGAUUGUCGAUAAAAUGGAUCGAAAAACCAAUUGUAAAUUCAUGCGAUGCUCGAAAAAAUCGGAAAAUCAAGCGAGAAGAUCGCCCGAUUAUUUAUAUAGUUAUGAGAUCAAAGAUGCUGAUGGAAUUAAAGUUUUGAUGUUAUCAUUCACUGAAAUGGGAACUGAUUAUUGGUAUGAAUUUUUGGAAGUACCAAUAAUCAGUUCCCAUUUCAGUGAAUGA